AUGGGCAGACUGCAUCAUGAAGCUCCAGUUGCGGAUGGGUCCACGAUUUCUGAUGCCAUGUCGUUUUACACACAGCGAUCUGAAGAUGAAAUGAACGACACGCCUCCUGCAUAUUCCGACGCUUCGAAUCCGGCAGUCGAUCCAUCGUUGAAUCGGCUUGCGGGUUCCGGCUCCAAAAGUCCACUUGAUCGACCACCGUUCAGGCAGUACGAUGAGCUAGAGCUAUUCAUGGACGCUCGUUUCGACAGCGAUCCUGUCUACGCCGAGCAAAUGGUUCGUGAAUGGAGUGCCGUCCCAGCUGCACAAGUUAUCCACAUUCGAGGGACACACGUCGACGAAUCUCUCGGGGCCACCAAGUCGGACAAGACCGUCGUUGAUUUCGACAUUCAAAUCCCUCUUGUUGAUUACCUAGUUGACCACUGGAGGAAAAACCCGUGGAGCGAGAUGAAAGUGGUCGAGAACGAAGAGAAGACCUACCGUGGAGGCAUUUUCAAGAGCACCGGCCCGACUAGGCCACAAGCGCAGGACGCCGAGGCCCAGUUGGGGAGCUAUCCCAAGUUGUCGCUGACAGCCUGGAUGCACCUUUUCUGCGCGUCACAUGCCCAGUUCAAAUGCUUCCGCAUCCAGCGAUCAGUCUCAGGCCUCGACACCAAAUUCAUCCACGAUUCGCUCCAGUCUCUCAUCAGCGGAACAAACUAUCGUGGUCACACCCGUAUCACCUUUCCGAUCACCAACAGAUUCACAGAAGUGCACAACGCCACCCGCGUCAACACUUGGCGGUUCAACAAUUGGAUCCGGUUUUUCUUCUACCUGACUUUCUUGUGGCUGAUUGUUUGGCCCUACCUGUUCUUUUCAACCAGGAAGUGGGCUGUCGUGGUUGUAGAUUGGCCAUGGUCAGUGACAGAUGAAUAUGGAGUCAAAACCUACGCACAAAUUAGCGAGGCAGAGUGGCUAGCACGUUGGAAAGGCCUUAUCGAGAAAUCCGUAUUGGACAAGAAGAAGGGAACUCUGACGACGCAAGACCUGGUUGCCUUCGAAACGCCACAACGGCCAUUUCGGAGUGGAAGUGCUGCAGUUGACCGAGUGGUUGAAGUCGUCGGCGCGGGUAUCCGUGGUGCUCGAGAGAUGCGCCGGCAAUGGGGAUGGGGUGGAGAUUGCUAG